UUCCCCGGCUCUGCCCCGCCGCUCCGGGCCAAUCGCGCCCGCCCCCCGACGCGCCCUGGCCCGCGGCGGCCCCGGGAGCUCGGCCCGGCCCGGAUGCUGGGAGCCGGGGAGCCGGCGCGCGGGGCUGACGGCGCCCUCCGGAGCCGGGCCUGAUGACCGAACUCCAGCCCGAGGUGGACGACGCCAAGACUGCGAGAGUGCCCGGGAAGCGGGAGGGCCGAGUCGGCUCCGCCGCCUCGGAGGCCGAGAAUGGCGUGGAGGAAAAGAAGAAGGGGGGUAGGUCGCCAGCGGCCCAGUCGCCCACCUCGUCCGUGGAGGCCGAGUCCCCGGACUCGAAGAGAAGCAUCAGCCUGUGGUCAAAAUCCAGUUUUGAUGGUGCCUCUUUAGCAAGCGAUAAGAAUGACUAUAAAGCAGAAGGCAAAAGUGACUCUAAGUCUGAAAGAAAGAAGUCAUCGUCUUCCAGCCAGUACAAGGCGAACAUGCACUUUCACAAGCUGUUUCUGGAGGUCCCAACUGAGGAACCACUGAGGCAGAGCUUCACCUGUGCUCUGCAGAAAGAAAUCCUCUACCAAGGGAAGCUCUUUGUAUCAGAAAACUGGAUUUGUUUUCAUUCCAAGGUCUUUGGAAAGGACACAAAGAUUUCCAUCCCGGCUUUCUCGGUUACCCUAAUAAAGAAAACCAAAACUGCUCUCCUGGUGCCAAACGCCCUGAUUAUCGCGACGGUCACAGACAGGUACAUAUUUGUCUCCUUGCUGUCGAGAGAUUCAACUUACAAGCUGCUGAAGUCGGUGUGCGCACACUUGGAAAACGCAAGUCCCAACCCAUGUAACACUCCCAACCCGUGCUGUGCUGAGAACAGUUUCCGGGCAGACCGCCCCUCGUCCCUGCCUCUGGAUUUCAACGAUGAAUUCCCAGAUCUGGAUGGAGUGGUUCGGCAAAGGCGGCAAGACAUGGAAGGGUACAGCAGUUCCGGCUCCCAGACCCCCGAAUCGGAGCACUCCCGAGAUUUCCAUGUGACAGAAUCCCAGACAGUUCUGAACGUCUCCAAAGGAGAAGCAAAACCAUCCCGGGCAGAUGCCCACGUCAAGAGAGUGCCAGAAGGAAAGGCCAAGAGCGUCCCUGCCCACAGUCAAGUGGAAACAAGUGGAAUCUUGCACCAAGUCAGAUCUCAGAAAUGCCCGACUCUCCACCAUAUUCUUAUAUUCUACGCAAUUAUUGUCUGCGCGUUAAUCAUCUCGACCUUCUACAUGAGAUACAGAAUUAACACUCUGGAGGAGCGCCUGGGGUCACUCACCUCCUUUGUGGACAGCCCUAAUACUGAGCAGACAGCACCCUCCGGCCUGGGCUCGCAAGUCCAGUUAAAUGUGGAAGUCCUCUGCCAAGAGCUUUCAGCUAACAUAGUGAAACUAGAGAAGCUUUGUAUUCCAGGUAGAGCAGUCUGGAGCAAAAGCCAAAGCCCUGUGGUCUCCCCUGUAUGUGACAGUAAAGCGCUGCUCUUUCCUGACUUCAGAUACAGAACAACUUGCAGAAGCUGCUUGAGAACGGUGACUGAGCGGGCAGGUUGCCUGGGCCCACGUCAUACCUCACGUUUCCCCCUGCGCAAGGUGCUCCCCAGCGUCCGGCGGAUGCUCCCUGCUGGUCAGAGGCGCGAGCAGAUGAGAACCCAGACUCGUUUGCACCCGGAGGGCUCCAGCUCAGGAAAGGGGGAGGGGGAACAUUUUGGUUCUUGUGCAAUAAACGUCGAGCUCGACCCCGGGAGGAAGUCUCCGCUGCUGCUGCCCGGAGCACACAGAUCCCCCUCGGGGGGUCUCCGGCAGCUCCUGGGGUCCCUUCCGGACGGGUUGCAGUUCAGCAGUGAGCAGGAUGGCGUCAGCAAACACUCCACUCCCCGGCCACCCUCCGCCUCUCUCCCGUACCCUCUCUGCCACCAGCCUUCACACCGCACCAGCGAACUCACUGUGAUCCUUUGAAUUAGCCGUGAGUCUCCAAAAAGGCAGUCAACGGCGCCAAGUGGACAGAGUGGCUUCACGAAGUCACAUCUGCUUUUGUCUUUUCUUUCUGCUGUUUUCCUGUUGUUUAAUUCACCUGUGUAUCGUCAUGUCUCACUUCAGUUUUGGCAAGAAUGCCAGGCAAAGUAGACACAACUACCCUCUGUAUGUUUUGUAACUGAUACUUAAUUACAGCGAUUCUCACCGCACCUCGAGACAGCAGUCUAUGAGGCACUGGACUAAAGUACUAAAUGCAACUCACUACGAAACCAAAACUAAUCUGUAAACCAAAAGAGGUAAUAGUGAUUUAAUACAGAAUGACAGACACUGAAUUUUUUAUAUUAUAAAUGGACUGCGGUAAGCAGUUUGGAAACAAGAUGUUGGUAUUUAAAGCUGAAACUUACCCAUUUCAGUUUAACAAUAGUUACGUUUUCUUGCUUUGCUGGCGAAAAUUAAGAAAUAACUGGUGGUUUGCUAACUUUACGAUACAGAUUGGCUGGUUUUUGUUAAUUAUUUAGGGUACCAUGAGAUCUGUAAGUGCAAAAGAUAUCCUGUUCCUAUCAGUAAUGCAUUUUUAUAAUCAUUUCUAUGAAAUGUCUUUUGUUUAAUCAGAUAAGCUAAUAAGUGAGUUGGUUCCAUCAUUUGUAUUUGGUAGCCUACUGGAGCAACUGUGCCUGGUGCACCAAUGGCUUUUAAUAAAUACUCAUUGGUUAAAACCUCCUGCCAA